AUGAACCUACUAGGAUAUUUCUCAGUACUAUUUGCCUCGACGCUUUUCGAGUCCAUCGAAUGUGGACGGGACUUCUACAAAAUUCUCGGUGUUCGUAGGAACGCGAACCUAAACGAAAUCAAGAAGGCCUAUCGAGCACUGGCAAAGGAACUGCACCCUGACAAGCAUCCUGAUGAUGAGCUGGCACAUGAGAAGUUCCAAGACCUUGGCGCUGCUUAUGAGGUGCUCUCGGACAAAGAAAAACGUGCUGCAUAUGACCGUCAUGGCGAGGAAGGAGUUAGAAAAAUGAUGGGAAACGGUGGUGGUCAUGACCCGUUCUCUUCAUUUUUCGGUGAUUUUUUCGGUGGAGGGCACGAAGCUGGAGAAGAGCAAAAACCUAGAGGUGCAGAUGUUGUUUUUGACUUGUUCGUUACAUUAGAGGAAGUCUACAUCGGGCACUUCGUGGAGGUUAAGAGGAAAAAAGCUGUUUAUAAACAAACAUCAGGGACAAGAAAGUGUAACUGUAGACAUGAAAUGCGAACUGAGCAAGUUGGUAUGGGUCGUUUCCAAAUGUACCAGGUCCAAGUUUGUGACGAAUGUCCUAAUGUGAAGCUUGUUCAAGAGUCACGAAUCCUUGAGAUAGAAGUGGAAGUUGGUGCAAACGACGGCCACGAGCAAGUGUUUGUUGGUGAAGGAGAACCUCAUAUUGAAGGAGAUCCUGGAGAUCUGAAAAUCCGGAUUAACGUUCAGAAGCAUUCAAGAUUUGAACGACAAGGCGACGAUCUCUACACAAAUGUCACGAUUUCGUUACAAGACGCUUUGAAUGGCUUUAAAAUGGAGAUUGAACAUCUUGACGGUCAUAAAGUCCAUAUAGAACGUGAAAAAAUAACAUGGCCCGGAGCUCGAAUGCGGAAGAAAGACGAGGGCAUGCCGUCGAUGACAAAUAACAAUCAACGUGGUGACCUCUAUAUCACAUUCGAUGUUGAAUUCCCCCGAACGGAGUUGUCUGAAGAACAAAAGAAAAUUGUUUCGGAUUUAUUGAAGCAGGAAAAUGUUAAACCUAAGGUUUAUAAUGGUUUACAGGGUUAUUAA